AUGACUAAAUACUGCCGCUAUCACCGAAACCAUGGUCAUACCACAGAGGAAUGUAAAGCACUUCAGGAUAAAAUUGAAGAACUGGUUCGUGUUGGCCAUUUUCGCCGUUUUGUCCGCAGAGAUGACCACCCCUCCCGAUCCCAUCACCCUCCUCGUUCCGACCACCGACGCCCUCCCCGCGACUCUCGCCACGAUAAACGCCCAAACCAACCCGCAAACCAUGACCCCCAAUCGGCUUGCACCGACGUCACCCUUGCCGACCCUCCCCUACGCGACACUAUCAACACCAUCUCUGGUGGUUUUGCUAGUGGAGGAUCCACAUCAUCCGCCAGGAAGAGACACCUCUGCCAUAUCCAAUCCAUCAACCACAUCACCCAUUCUCAUCAUAGACGUCGCAUGCCCCCAAUAACCUUCACGGACGACGAUUUUCAAGGCCUUGAUCACCAACAAGAUGACCUUAUGGUCAUCACCGUCGAAAUAGAAUACUACGCAAUCAAGAAAGUCCUCGUCGACCAAGGCAGCUCCAUCGACAUCCUCUAUUGGGCUACGAAUCAGAAACUCCAACUCCCUGACACUGCCAUGGUCCCAUACGAUGAACUCUUGGCACUGUUGUCUCCACACCUCAUAUGGCCAUGA